AUGGACUCUUAUCCAAGGGAGUACACCGAACAUCUCCGCCCUCUCGUCCUCGUCGCAGGUCUCACCCCACCAGCAACCGAUCGCCCAUCAUCUCCCAAUGCCACUCCUUCCUCCUCACCACCACGGGACCGUCGUCCAUCCAUGCCUGUCUCUCCACAGAAUUCCUCGGCGUAUCUGACGCCUCCACGACCGGAUCAGCUGAGGAGACGUGGAUCUGUGUGGUCGCCUAUGCCGCCUAUUGAUCAGGAAUUGGCGAAACAGUUGCUUGGGUACUUGACCGUGCGGAGUGGUUCGAAUGUCUGGGAGGCUAGUGCGAUGGAUGUCAGUGCUGGGACGAAGUAUGUCGAAGGAUUGUUUAGGGUGUUGCCGGUGGAGAGGGCGUAUCGACUUCCGGCAAAAAAGGCUCGGCCGGCACCGUCGCCGCUUUCGAGUUUUAGGUCGUCGUCACCUUCUGGUCGGCCUCGGACACGCUCGCCAUCGCCCGUCAAGCCGAGCACUGAUCCGCUUCAUUCGCCUGCGCCUCCAGCACCCAUCAACCCUGCCAACCUUCACUCUCCACUUUCACCGCUCACGCCAGGUAGCCCUCUCUUUCCCGACGGUCUAGUCACUCCACGCUGGGUCGCAAAGUACGCCCGUCGCCUACCUUCCGCCUUCGUCGGCUUCUACGAGAUAUACACAGGCGACGACGAACAAACGAAAGCUCUGAAAGAUCAAGAGCUUGUCAAAGAAUUAACAGAACUUAAACGUGCCUUCGCCGACCGCGGAAUCAAAUUCGUCGCAGUCGUAACAAGCAAGAAAACCACCGGCGAAGCCCUCGACCUAGAUACGCGGCUUAACAACCUCCGUCGCGCCGCGCAACUGGACGCACGCACCGGUCUUUUAUUCUUAGGCCCCAGCAGUGCGGUGGAGCUGAGGGGCUUUGUUGCGAAUCUGCAGGAAGUACUCUAUCCCACCGCCGUAGAGUUCUACAACGACAUCCUCAAACACGCCCGCAAGAAAUCCCGAAACCGCGGCUCCAGCCCCGCAGAAUCCCUCCGCUGGUCCCUUCGCACGGACUUCAAAGUCGGUGUCAUGGCCGAAUUCCUCCAAAACAUCGAACUUGCAGACCGAAAUUACCGAAGUGCGUACAUGACUCUCCUCGAAAUGUUCAACAAUACGUCGAUAUUACCGCCCCGCUCACAGCGCUGGAUCGAAGCGAGACUUUUGUCAGAUUCGCUGAAUUUGAAGAUCUGUAAGAUGUGCUUGUAUCUGGAUUUACCAGCGGACGCGAUGAAGACCUUCAACCAACACAUCGCGCACACAGCACGGCUCUCGUCCACGCACUGGUCCCCCUCCACCGGUAUCGAUACACCGGAAUGGUACUCCUGGCUCGCACGCCAACGCCGCGCAUUCGGUGACCUCGUCGUCCUCGCAGAAGGCUCUGGGUUCGAUUUUCGGAGUUUGGAGGUGUGGAAACCUACUGUGCCGGGGCCGGGGGUUCAGGUUGGGGGAUGGAGGAGGGGGGAGGUUGUUAGGCAUGCGGGGUAUGAGUAUUGGGAGGCGGUGGAGUGUAUGAAGGUUAGGAAGAUCAAGAUGAAGGAGGCCAUGGCACGAGAAAAACGGGCUGUGGGUGAGGAGGGCGGAGAGGGGAAGGAAGGUGAUGAGGCGGGGGUUGAUGUCGAUAAGGUUAUUGGGGAGAUAACGAGGGAGGCGUUGGAGCAGUUUAGGCAUCAUGGGGAUAUGAGGAUGGUGCUCUACCUCUCGCAAGAACUUGCCCAGACGAAUUUUGAGGCGGGGAAUUAUGAUAUUGCGUUGACAUACGCGAAGAAGCUCGUGGCCGAGUACCGGAGAGAGGAGUGGACGACCUUAUUGGAGGGUGCGCUAAGGACUUGCUUGGCGUGUGCGCAAGAACUUGGGAAUCAUGAGGAUAUCAUGAGGUUCUCUUGGGAGUUGCUCUCGAAGGACUUCAAGGGUGACGAAGCAUCCUCUAAUGCAUUCUUCGCCGAAACCAGGGAUCUUGCGGCAGCUGAAGACGGCAAACCGUUGGUUCUCGACAGCUCGGGAUCGACGGCGCCGAUACAUAUGUCGUUUGUGUUCAACCCGCCCAUGACGUCGGUGACGAUGCCGAUCGUGUUUCAGGUUACGUUGGAGUAUAAUGUUCAUCCUUCGACACCCCCGUUGUCGCUCAAGUCUUGCGAGUUGCUGUUUGACGGGAUAUAUAGGCCUGUGCAUCUCGAGCAUAACGCGAAUGAGGAAGCAUCGAAGGCCGGCUCGCUUGUGCUAUUAAAGUUGGAAGAUGAUGGAGAUAUCCUCAGGGCAAGCGGGGAUCUUUCGUUCCAGCCGGGUGAGAAGAAAACCUUUCAGAUGGUCAAGCUCGCUAAACACGAAGGGGUCGUCAACGUCCGCUCUGGUCUCCUCCAUCUGGACAGUCCCGGCGCACGACCCAUCGAAAUCACUUGUGACCUCUCCAGUCCGGACAAACGUCACAAGUUUCUCUGGCUCGAAGAAACGAACAACCGUCAGCGCUCGAGGGAGUUGCAUUUGGAUAACCCGAGGUCUUGUACAGUCCUCCAGAAACCGGCGAAGUUACAGAUCCAGACGGACUUCAAGGGUCUUGCGUACUGCGGCGAGGCAUUCCCUCUGAUUUUGACCGUGAUGAAUGAGGAGGAUGAAGCCAUCCGUGCUUCAUUUCAGGUUAGUACCGCGAGUUAUGAGGGUGAUCCGCUGGAGGUUGCGGCGAAGCCUGAUGUGGAGAGUAUUGCGGCGCCUGACAGUGUUUUCGAUAUUGGAGAGGUCAAGCCUAACGAGAUUGGCUCGGGAACGUGCUACAUCUUGUGCCCUCGUAUGCGGACAGAUGCAACCGUCGAGUUCACAGUCAAAUACAGUCUCGCAUCUGACCCAGAUACCAAAAUCAGGAAGACGCUCGAGAUCAGUAUCCCAGUCAUGGAACCCUUCCAUGCAGCGUACGAUUUCUCGCCGCGGGUGAACUCGAAGUGGCCUGAACCGUUCUCUACGUCGGAUCCUUUGACGUCCUUCCUCGAGAUUGCUCAGAGUUGGGCUUUAACUUCGACUUUGUCUUCGCUGGGGUCAAUUACGAUGGAGAUUGAGGGUUUGGAGCUAGUGUUGGAGGACACGCUUGGGCCGGCGUCGGUGAAGGUGCGACAUGGACAUGGUUGUCGGUCUGAUGGGAACGAUAAUCUCGUCUGGGAUUCGUCCAUCGCUCAUAAGGCCGAGUUUGUGCUCGACUGUACAAAGGCCGAGGAUCAAGUGUAUGAAGAGUCCUUCGUGGACACCGUCAUUGCUAUACACUGGCGGCGACACCAAGAGGUUGAAAAUGCCGAGGCUCACUGGAACACGGCGUAUCUCAUGGUGCCUCGAUUGCACAUCCCUUCCUUUGAGCCCCGUGUCUUAGCAGAAACGAUUUUGUAUCCGUCAUUCCCACGAAAGCGGACAAUCAUCUGGCACCUUGAAAACCCAACCAAUCUGAUCCUCAACCUCUCCUUGUUCAUGCAUCCCAGCGAACACUUUACAUGUUCGGGAGUGAAGCACACCCAAGUUCGACUCUUGCCAUUCUCCGCUCAGACGAUCCAGCACAACGUUAUAGCACUCACCCAAGGAUGGCUGAAGCUGCCGUCGUUCAAGGUUAUUGAGGUACAGUCGGAGAGAGAAUUGAGGAUGGUUCCUGCAAGUGCGGAUAUUAGACUUGAUAGGGAAGGAGGCAUGUCUAUUCAGGUAGUAGAUGACGAAGUGGAUGAGAAAGUAUAA